AUGAUUCUUUUUGUCCUCUUGCUCGCUCGUUCCAUGUCCUCUGCUCCCAUCACCUUCCAAGCUAUGUUGCUCCCAUCACCUUGCAUGCUAUGUUGCUCCCAUCACCUUGCAUGCUAUGUUGCUCCCAUCACCUUGCAUGCUAUGUUGCUCCCAUCGCCUUGCAUGCUAUGUUGGUUCCUACUACAGAACCACUUCUCCGGUGGUCUACCCAGCCCUGCUCCUUCGAGCCUGGUGCAGUAUUGGGUGAACGAUAACUUCUUCACACAUGGCCAAGUCACGUUCCCCAACUGCUCUGCGGCCAUUUUCAGCACCAAGACUAAUUGCCUCGCUGCUUCCCACACCAUCUGUGGCCGUACUUUCACCCAGAGGCCAGCUGCUGGCUGCUCUGCAUUCUGUGGAGUGGAGGUUGGCGAUGCUCGUCCUGUGUGUGGGGGCCAUGGCUACUGCGCCGUGAAUCCCUUUGUGGGAGCAGGGGAGUGUGUAUGCGACCCCAACUACAUGCGCAACAGCAGCGAUAGCUUGGCCUGUGUGCCUGGAGCCGUAGGAGCAUCACUGGCAUCAGGCUCGGCCUAUGUGUCGCUGCAGGGCUCAGCUACUGUGCUUUCCAACGGCUCCAUUCUUCUCACAGGAGGGGCGCCCAACCAGCAGGGAGCAGCGUUUGCCUCUCCCGCGCUGCGCCUUUUCUACUUUCCCAACAAGCGCUCCCUCUGCGGAAUUGAGCUCGCAUUCACCGCUGCCUUCAGCUUUGCCAUGCGCCCACCGGGCCAGGGGGCAGGUGGGGAGGGCCUUGCGUUUGUGGUGGCAGCAGCUGCUUCUGGAAAGGGGGCGAGUGUGGGGCUGGGAGGGGUGGGGAAGCGGAGUGUGGCGGUGGAGUUUGACUCGGUGCUGAGUGUGAAGCACAGCGACCCCAACGACAACCACAUGGGCGUCAAUGUGGGUGGCUCACCUGUGUCCCUCGCCUCUGCCACGGCCCCUCUCAUCCUCAACGACGGCCACACCAAGCACGCCUGGAUCCACUACGACCCCACCAGCGGCGGCACUCUCCGAGUUUUCCUCUCCUCGGAACCCGACGAGCCCUUCGCCCCCACCCUCACAGCAAGCGUGUCUCUCUGCUCCGUUCUCAAGCCCACUGCAUCCGACUCUCUCUUCCUUUUUGGUUUUGUUGCUUUCUCGGGCAGCCAGCCGCAGAUGCACACCAUUGUUUCCUGGACCUUCAACACAGGUGUUUGA